AUGGGCGGAGACAGUUGCGAUGCAGGUCGCAAUAGUGAAGGAAGCCUCAGCGUGGCAGUUUCGGCAGGACCGCAUAAAAGAGCUUCGAGGCAGUUGACUCGCCAAUUGACUUUUGUCGAUGUUGAACGAUCAUUCGCCAUGGCUGGAGAAAACGGAAACCCGAUCGAGCGCGGCGAUGCAGCGAACGGCAGCAACGGAAAUGGUUGCCUUGCCAAUGGCAACAGCAUUGCGAAUGGCUCGAAGAACUACGAAAACGACAAUCGCAAAGUCGUGAUUGUCACUGGAGCUACUUCUGGCAUAGGCCUCGCCCUUGCCCGGCACCUCCACAGCACCCAGAAUUAUCGAGUGGCCCUCGUCGGCCGCAAUAUCGAAAGAGCAACCAAGAUCUCCUCUUCCUUCAACGAUCCUUCUUCGGCCCAAUUCUUCCGAUGCGAUGUGGCAUCCUACGAUUCCCAGAAAGAGAUGUUUCUGUCAGUAUGGAAGACAUGGGGAAGAAUCGAUGUAUGCUGCCUAAAUGCGGGGAUUGUGGAUGUGGGAGAUCUGUACAACUUUCGGAAAAAUGGUGAAGUGGAAGGGAAAGUUGAGGAUAUGCCAGACGAGCCAGAUCUCAGUGCCACAGAUGUGUGCUACAAGGGUGUGAUUUAUGGAGUGAGGUUGGCGACGCAUUUCAUGCGGUUCAAUUCAGUGGGCUCGCUUUCUGGAGAGAGCGGAACACCUAUGCCUAGAGGAAGGAUCAUCGUUGAUGCCUCGAUCGGAGGCGUAUUUCCGCAUCCUAACUAUCCGGAGUAUUGUGGUGCGAAGGCAGCUGUGAUCCACUUCGUGAGGACCACGGCAGAGCUGUAUAAGCGGAAAGAAGGGGUUUGGCUGAAUGUUGUUUUGCCCGGCAUCGUGGCUACGCCGAUCAUGCCGCAAGAGUGCAUUAAUGCUGUUAGUGAGGAGUGCUUGACGCCCGUCUCCACGGUCAUCGCUGCACAUGAUGUCUUCAUCAACGAUCAGACCGGAGAAGUGGGAAAAGUCCUCGAGGCUUCAAUGGACAAGUUGUGCUGGUAUGAACUGCCGGAGCCCAAGAAUGGGUACAAGACGAUGAGACCGGUCACCGUUUGGGAACCGCUGUUCAAGACGAUGCAUGGUGUGGAAUCUGGAUUGGAUAAUGCAAUGCCGUAA